UUUUAUUUUUCCUCAUGACGCCUAAGUAUUUUUGCUAAAAUGAAAUAUCGCCAUUUUUGUACUUUUUAUUUUUACAUAAAAAUUUGUUUAUAUACUCAAUUUCACAUUUCAUCAGCUCAACAACAACCACAUGACCAAUCAAUGACUCACAUGAACGCAAAUCAUCGUUUCUCCUCUUCUGUUACCCCUAAAAUAGUACCAUCACCUUCAAACACAACUGAGUUUAAUAAAUUGGAAAGGGAUGAAUGCGUUUUAGAUAGCUAUAUUUUGUUUUUUUGUUGUAUUUUUCUAGUCGCUGGCAUACUUCAGCUGCUGGUUUCUAAAGUUUCUAUAAUAAAUAUUCCGUUAAGCAUUAUAUGGUUUAUAUUCGGUAUGAGUAUAAGCUUGAUUGUUCAUUUAGUAGCUAAAAAAAAACCCUGUUAUUUUACAGAAAAUAUACAUGAUCAUAAAAUAUAUCUAUUUUUGUAUGGUGCUCAGUAUAUUAGUAAAACAAAAGCGGAGGUUAUUUAUUUAAUUUUCCUUCCAAUACUCUUAUAUGACGCUUCUUUACAUAUUAAAUGGCACCAUUUUAAACGAUUUGCAUAUAGUGGUAUUACAUUAGCAGUGCUUGGCGUGGCGUAUCAAGUCGCCGUUGUGGGUAUCCUUUUCUACCUGACAUUAUCAGACGAUCAUUUACUUGUACCCAAUUUUGAUAAAACAUUAAAAAGAAAUACCGCCUUGUGUAAUGCAUUCUUGAUAACAACAUCUUUAGUAUCGACUGAUCCCGUAGCUGUUAUCUCCGUUCUACAAUCGCUCAACGCUUCAGUAAAACUUGUGACGAUGUUUGAGGGCGAAUCUCUUAUUAAUGAUGGAACUUCUGUUCUUCUUUUUCAGUUUUUCAAGUCUUUAUCUUUAGGACAUGUAGUGUCAUGGAAUGGUAUUUUGUUAAGACUUCUUUCUCUGCUUUUUUUAGCACCAGUUUUUGGUUAUUUUGUUGGGGUGACAAUCUACCGAACAGUUAGAUACUUCCCAAAACAUCCAGAAACACAAGCUACAAUGCUAAUGGUAACAAGUUAUUUGGUCUAUUUCGUAAGCGAAAAAUUCAUUUCUACAAGUGGACCUGUAGCAAUUGUAUGCUACGGAAUUUAUUACACGGCGUUCGGACAUGUCGGACUUGGUCGUGAAGGACACUUACAACAUUUACACUCUGUUAACGUUUUGGCAGGAUUAGCUAAUACUAGCUUAUUCAUUAUAGCUGGAUCGAUUACUAUGAGAAUGUUACUUGAAGGUAUUCUACAGGAAAAUGGUGUUCCUAUUCGUAUAAUCUUUCAUAUUCCCAUCUUCUAUAUUUAUUUAAUACUUGGACGAGCGUCUAUGAUUCUGCUUUUUUUACCACUAAUUAAACGUACUGGGUAUGGUAUCAAUUGGAAAGAAAUAAUACUUUUUGUAUGGGGAGGUCUUCGAGGUGCUAUUGUUCUUGCCAUGGGACUAAUGAUUGAGCAAGAUGAACGUAUAUCUCCAGUAAUGCGUCGCCGUUCGGUUCUAUAUAUAGCUGGAACAACUUUAUUUUUACUUGUUAUAAAUGGGGCGUCUUUUGAGGUUCUCUUUACGUAUCUUAACGCGUAUCCACCAAAACCAUUCAGAAGAGUAUAUUUAGAGCGUGUAAUGAAACAUAUUGAUCAAAAGUAUUUUAAGGAAUGUACUGUUUUGAAAAAUUACUGGCUAUUUCAAGGAACAGAAGUGUUAAAAUUCGCUAAUCUUGUCGUUCCACAAUUGGGUUGGAGACGUAUGGACAACCAUGGAAGAAUUAAUGUGACUCUACCGCAAAUAAGUUCGAAAUGGGAUAAUUUAUUAAAGGAAUUAGAAAUACAGGAGUCCUUAUAUAUAAACAGCAUACAGGAACCAGAAUUCUCUAAUGAUGUGUACUGUAUAUUACACAAUCCUCUCAACCACCAAAAAAUCAGUGAACUAACACAUGCCACAGCAACAUCAUUCUUAGGUCUUCAUGAACCUCAGCAUAGUGCUAAAAGCUUUAAUGCAGUUCAGUCUAUGGAACUUUUGGAGAAGAUACCUUUGAAAUUAGAUAAAAAAACAUAUUCUCCAAGAUCUAAUUGUGCUUCUACAAUGACUUAUAAGGAAUCGUCUUUCAAGACGAAAAAAAUAUUUUCAAGAGAUACUUGUAAAGCAAGAUCCGUAAAUAUUCCAUGUUCCCCCGGAAAUUCGAAAUCUAAUAAUCCCGUGCUACAUGAAUCUUUAAAGUACAAUAAUACGUUAGACAUCUACCCGGAAAAAAUGGAUUUUUGUAAUAAUAAUAAUAAUAAUAAUAAUAUCAAUGAUAUCAAUGAUAACGCAUCCCAAUGUGCACGGGAUCCCUGUGAGGAAAAUUUGGACAUCCCCUAUAGUUGUCACAAGAAUGUUCAAUUCAACGAAAAUAUUCCAGUGAAUGGUAAUGUAAGCCAACAUAACAACUCUUUGGAAAUAAACAAAAAAUUUUACAAGUCGCCCUACCAAACCACUGCUCGAAUGACAUGUUUACGACAUCCUGAUUGGUGUCGAGAAGGUUUUUAUUUUUAUCCAAGCGCCAAAGAGCGCAUAAAAAUGAAAAACAAACAAGAAAGACCAUUACCAGCAUCUUCGCAGACUUUUGUAAGCAAAACUCCUGACAAUGUGCAAACGACACUUCAUCGAAGUUUUGACAUUCUAACAAAAGGGCAUCAAGAGUCUACAGGGCAAUUCAAAUUCAGCGAAUCAUUCAACACAAAACAUUAUUUUUCUAACAACCCUGUACCUAUUUCAAAAACAUCACACCCUUUACACCGGUCGGGUACUCGCAAAAAGCGUGAAUUAAUUAAGCACAUGACAACACCAAGACAUCACUCAUCGGAUAAACUUACAGCUGAUUGUCUAGAAGGCUGGACAUUUUUUUCUGACGAUGACUGUGAUGCAGAAUGUAGGUCUUUUGAUUAUAAAAGAAAGUCACCCAAAUCAAAUACGAAAAAAGAUACAUUUAUAAAAAAAAUACAGAACUUUAAGAAUUACAAUCAAAAGCAGUAUCGCACUCCAUGGAAAACUUUUUCGAAAAAGUCUCUUAAAGAUAAACUAGAUGCCACAAACAGUAUAAGGAUGUUACGAAGGGAACGGGAGGGAGAAUUGUACAUUAUGGCAUUUAAUGCCAUAGGGGCUAUGUAUAAACAACUAUAUGAUCAGCAUCUUAUAAAUGGAGCAGUUUUACGAAUACUCAAAUCCGUACUCGACUCUGCUGUCGAUUUCAGCGUUGGAAAACUACGGCGAAGUCCUAUACUGGCAUGGAGAGAAGCUUGUUCUGAGGCGGGAAAUCAUCAUCUCAGUAGCGGCGAAGACACAUACCGUACAUUUCGUUUAUCGGAACAUCAUCUACAGAGUAUGACAGCUUUUGAAGUGGAAUGGAGAGUUUUAGAGUCACGUUUACUAAGAUCUUGUAAACCAAGAAGAUACUGGGGGUCUUUUUUACAACGUACAAAGAAGAAACAACCUAUUUUAGCAGCCGCUUUGGAUUACAAGAAAAUUUUAAACUACAUUCAACAACUUAGUGCCUUUGUGGAUGUCCAUGAAGAACUUUUGUAUCGAGGAGGCUCAUCACUUUCCAAACUUCUCGGUUCAAGAUUAUCUUCUAGCUAUCAACUUCAAGUUAAAAAAGCUAAAAAAUUUAUGAUUUACUUGAUAAAAAAAUUUCCGUAUGGUUUUCCGUAUGCUUUAGUAGUACAUGCUGCAACAUUGCUAAUACAUUUUAAACAACAAUUAAUAAUAGAACAAGAAAAAAAAGGACUUUUAUUGGAAGAAGAUGUCUUCACGCUUAAUGAAUUGAUGAAUAAUCAAUUGCAUGAUCUUGUAUCCUUCAGUCCUAUUGUUUACUUGAAUAUUUUGAAACAUUUGCUAAGCUAUACAACUCUUUUUUGUUAACGCCUAAAUUUUCAAUCUGGCAUUACACUUUUCAUUACCAAAAACAACUGCCGAUAGAAGUCGUCUUAUGCAAUUUUUCUUCUGAGGCUACGGAUGAGAAUAAGCAUACUUUAAACAUUUAUCAUUUUAAAGAGUAUUUAAGAUGAGUUAGCCUUUUAUAAUUUAUGCUACAACCUGCUUAAGCAGAAUGCUAAUAUAUGUGUGCUACUCAAGCUGCUUUUCACGUUUAUCCCAUUGUCAGUUUUAAACUCAAAUGUUCAUGUUUUCUCUACUAACAGGCGACUUAAGUAGAACCCUUAUUGCUGACCAUAACAUUUUAUGCGCAUAUAAUUGCACACCUGAGCUAACAUUUAAAAGAAAACU